GUCACUUACGCAUGACUUUUAUUUUGAAAGGUCAUCCGUUUGUUGUUCGCAGAAGUUGCACGUGUCUUCACAGCCGAGGUUUCUCAACUCCUGUGCAGUAUGGAUUCCCAUGGAAAGCAAUGCACCUGUGGUGCCCAUCGCUCAACACCAAGCGUCCAUCAGACUCUAGAGGAGAUGGACUUUGAGAGAGGUAUAUGGUCAGCUGCAAUGGACGGAGACGUGGAGAGAGUCAGGACAUUUAUUAAAAAAGGGAUUGAUCCAAAUAUAAGGGACCAGGCAAACUACACUGCCUUGCAUUAUGCUAGUCGAGCAGGUCAGCUGUCGGUGUGUGAGUUACUCCUGGACUGCGGCGCUUGUGUGAACGUCCAGACCCGUGGUGGGGCAACCCCGCUUCAUAGGGCGGCUUACUGCGGACACCACAGUGUGCUCAAGUUACUGUUAGACCGUGGGGCUGAUCCAUGUCUGACUGAUGAUGAUGGAUCUACAGCACUUCAUAAGGCUGCUGAACAGGAGCAUUAUGUGGUUUGUGAGCUGUUGGUGAACCGCUUCCCGUCCUUACGAGUUGUGAAGAACAAAAGAUCACACACAUCUUUCGAUCUCUGUCCGGAGAAUGACAGAGUUUGGGAGUUCCUGAGACCACAAUGACCUGAUCUUACUGUCCUUCUCGUGAAAGAAUAUGAAGUGCCUUUUAAAAAGCUGUGCCUUGUAAGUCUUUUGGUUGGAAAGAGACAUAGUUGUGCAGGUUAGUCUUGAAGAGCCAAUCCACUGCUACUAAAUUUGAUCAGAUCAGCAAAAAAGGCUUGAAUCUGUGGCACAUUUAGAUGGGAUGCUAAUGCAUGUAAAUUUUAUAGGCAGUGACCAAGGUUGAGCAAAAAUAUGAGCAAAAAAUCUUUAUUCAUUGACAGUUCCUACAGGGAACUUUGUUUUCUUCAGCAGAGGGUGAUAAAGUCCAGUUAAUGCAGCACUUUAUAAGGAAACCUAGGAUUGAUACCUCAGACGAACUUGAAUAACUUAAUAAACAGCCGUUUCCAUGCCCAGAAAAGUAAAUAUGAAAAUGAUGAACUUCUUUAAAAUGUAAACUACUUGCAGUGCAUAUCAACAUGAGUCUGCUUAGGAACGAUGUGUUGUACUUUUGCACAUUUUGCACUGCUGUAAUCGAUACACAUGGUAGCCAACACAUCUGGAAAGCUACAGUAGGGUUUCUGAAACCAGCUCAAACUGCAUGGACUUCUCUGAUCUGAUGUAACACUGUUUCAGAGACGGGUAAAACCUUACCUUCAUUUAUAAUGUCUGAUGUACAGACGUUUUGUAUUGUAGCAGUCAUCUUAAAUCAAUCAAGUAAUUUAUUAAAUGUAUCCAGAUUUAUUUAAAAUGAAGCUAGUUCUUCGUUGCUUGUUAUUUUAGUACUUCAGGUAUUAGUAUUUUAUUUUAUUUUUGUUUAAUUUUAUUUAUUUAUUUUAAUUAUUUUGCAGUUGACUUAAUAUUGUUGUGUGAACCAAAAGGUUUCCAGCAGUGGUGUGCACAGACCUAAUUAUUAGUCUACUUUAAAUUAUUUCUCGGUGGAAUAAUUUACACGACACUCAUAUUUUGUAACUAAUUGUAUUAAUUUAAAAAUAUAUAAAAAGGUAUGUAAUGCGUAGUUCACACAAAAAAGGAAAUAAACAAAAAUAUUUUGUAAUGGUUUCAUGUGAUUUUGUGUGAAAUUUCAUUGCAGUAAUUUUUAUAUAUGAAUUACCGGAUAAUUUAUAACGUAGGCUACCUCUACAUGUCGAGUGAGUCUUGAACUUAUUUUCAUUUUAAAUAAAUAGUUUUUAUGUAUUUAUGUUUCAACUCCCAAGUUUGUCACUUGUAUAGUUUUGGCGCCACCUAGUGGCAGUUCUGAGUGAAGUGAGUUCAGUGUAGAUCAUAUUUCUCAUGCAGUCAGUUUCUCCUCAAUAUUUAAAAUGCCAACCUUUGUUUAGUAUUUUUAAAAGCAUCAUCUGUAAGUUCAUUCUUCAUAACAUAAUGUCCUAGCCUUUCUUUGAUCUGGUGCUUAAUGUGUUUAUUUAAUUGUUUUUUAUGUCCCCAUGAUGAAACCAGCUCAUAAAUCAUAGUGUUAAAUAUUUGUUCCUAUUUUGUUUAACUGAAUCUGAAUUAAAUAAAGCAGAUAAAUACAUGUAUUUUUAAACUGUAAUUAUUUAAUACUGUAAUUUUGUAAUUUAUUACAUUUGCAAUAAAUGGUUAGCCAGCUUUGGAGCAUUAAGAAUGGGUGUCUCAACUGUACCAUGCUGUUUCAACUGUACACCAUAUGGGUACAGUUGAGACAAAAAUGCACCAUGUUUAUGAGCUAAUUGUAGAAACUAUAAACUACUUAUGGCUAUUAUCAAUUUAUGAUAUUUUAGUACACAAGUAAAAUAAAUAUCAUGUGAAAAAUCACUUCAUUUCAGCAUCUAGUUUUUGUGUAGUGAUGAAAAAAGCAGAAAGUGUCUCUACUGUACUCAGUCUACCCAGGUUCCUGCUCAUAAUUGACUGGAGAAGUGGAUUGGCUCCUUCUGCGUGCUUGCAUCUUUUAAAAGUCACAUCCGUACAAGACCGAGAGCGCGGCUGUGUGUUAAAGGGAUAGUUCACCCAAAAAUGAAAAUUC